AUGGCGCGGCAGAGGCGCAGGGCGGAGGCUGUCGCUGGAGGAGGCUUUGCUGCCCGAGUGUACGUGCAGCCCGGCCCCCCCGGGGCGCCUUGCGGCCACGGCCUCGGAGAGGCCACCUCCAGUCGCCUUGUGUGGGUGGCAGAGAUGCCUACGCCCAGCAGAAGCCAUGUGCGUGGGGGGCGCUGUGUGACCCUGCCCCCCGCUCCCGCAGGCCACCGGCUGCGCGGCGUGACCAUCCUCCCCCCUCUGAGGACGGUGCCGGUGGUUCGAGCCCUGAACCCCGCGCACAACGGGCGGGUGUGCAGCACCUGGGGCGACUUCCACUAUAAGACCUUCGACGGGGACGUCUUCCGCUUCCCGGGCCUGUGCAACUACGUCUUCUCCGCGCACUGCGGGGCCGCCUACGAGGACUUCAACGUCCAGGUCCGCCGCGGCCUGGAGUCCAAUGUCACCACGCUGGCCAGAGUCACCAUGAAGCUGGAUGGCAUGGUCAUCGAGUUGACCAAGAGCUCCAUCCAGGUCAACGGGCUCCCAAUCCAGCUGCCUUUUAGUCAGUCUGGUGUCAUCAUCGAGCACAGCGGCAGCCACCUAAAGGUGGUGGCCAGGCUGGGCCUGGUCUUCAUGUGGAGCCAGGACGACAGUCUCCUGCUGGAGCUGGACGCCAAGUACUCGAACCAGACCUGCGGGCUCUGUGGAGACUUUAACGGCGUGCCUGUCUUCAACGAGUUCCUCUCCCACGGUGUCAAGCUGAACCCCGUCGAGUUCGGGAAUCUGCAGAAGUUGCACGGCCCCACGGAGCAGUGUCAGGACCCUGCACCUGUGCCCCCGCCGACUUGCUCACUGGGCACCGGCAUCUGUGAGGAGAUCCUGAGCAGCUGGCCCUUCCGGGGCUGCAACGCCCUGGUGGACGCCAGCAGCUACGUGCAGGCCUGCCGGCAAGACCUCUGCCUGUGCGAGCACGCCGAGCUGACCAGCUGCGUCUGCCAUACGGUCGCCGAGUACUCCCGCCAGUGUGCCCACGCCGGGGGGCGGCCCCUGGACUGGCGCGGCCCCGACCUGUGCCCCCAGACGUGCCCCCUCAACAUGCAGUACCGCGAGUGCGGCUCGCCCUGUGCGGACACCUGCUCCAACCCGGAGCACUCCCAGCUCUGCGAGGACCACUGCAUGGCCGGCUGCUUCUGCCCCGAGGGGACGGUGCUCGACGACAUCGGCCAGACGGGCUGCAUCCCCGCACCCCAGUGCGCCUGCGUGUACAACGGGGCCACCUAUGCUCCGGGGGCUGUCUACUCCACAGACUGUGCCAACUGCACCUGCUCCAGCGGCCGGUGGAGCUGCCAGGAGGUGCCAUGUCCUGGCACCUGCUCGGUGCUGGGGGGCGCCCACUUCUCCACGUUCGAUGAGAGGCAGUACACAGUGCACGGAGACUGCAGCUACGUGUUGGCCAAGCCCUGUGACAGCAGCGCCUUCACUGUGCUGGCGGAGUUGCGCAGGUGCGGCCUGACGGACAGUGAGACUUGCCUGAAGAGCCUGACCUUGAGCCUGGACGGGGGGCGCACGGGCAUCGUGGUCAAGGCCAGCGGGGAGGUGUUUGUGAACCAGAUCUACACCCAGAUGCCCGUCUCAGCAGCCAACGUCACGCUCUUCAGACCCUCAACCUUCUUCAUCAUCGCCCAGACCAACCUGGGUCUGCAGCUGGACAUCCAGCUGGUACCCACCAUGCAGGUGUUCCUGAGACUGGCGCCCGAGCUCCGCGGGCUGACCUGCGGCCUGUGCGGGAACUUCAACCAGAACCAGGCCGAUGACUUCCGGACCCUCAGCGGCGUGGUGGAGGGCACGGCCGCCGCCUUCGCCAACACCUGGAAGACCCAGGCCGCCUGCCCCAACGUCAAGAACAGCUUCGAGGACCCCUGCUCCCUCAGCGUGGAGAACGAGAAGUACGCUCAGCAUUGGUGCUCCCGACUGAAGGACCCCCACGGCCCCUUCGCCCGGUGCCACGCUGCCGUGAGCCCCAGCACUUACCACUCGCACUGCAUGUUCGACACGUGCAACUGUGAGAAGAGCGAGGACUGUCUGUGUGCGGCCCUGUCCUCCUACGUGCGCGCCUGUGCCGCCAAGGGGGUGCUGCUCAGAGACUGGAGGGACGGCGUGUGCACGAAGCCCAUGGCCACCUGCCCGAAGUCGCUGACGUACCACUACCACAUCAGCACCUGCCAGCCCACCUGCCGGGCCCGGAGUCACGAGGACGUCACCUGCGGCAUCCGCUUUGUCCCCGUGGACGGCUGCGCCUGCCCCCAAGGCACCUUCAUGGACGAAGCGGGCAAGUGUGUGCCGGCCAGCAGCUGUCCCUGCUACCACGAGGGCUCCGUGGUCCCCAACGGGGAGUCGCUGCACGAGCGUGGGGCCAUCUGCACUUGCACGCAAGGCUUGCUGAGCUGCAUCGGAGGCCACACCCCUGCCCCAGUCUGCACCCCGCCCAUGGUCUACGUCGACUGUCGCAAUGCCACGCCGGGGGCCGCCGGGGCCGGCUGUCAGAAGAGCUGCCUCACCUUGGACAUGGAGUGUUACAGCCCCCGGUGCGAGCCCGGCUGCGUGUGCCCCGACGGGCUGGUGGCCGACGGUGAAGGCGGCUGUGUCGCCGUGGAGGACUGUCCCUGUGUGCACGACGAGGCCAGCUACCUGCCCGGCCAGACCGUCCGGGUGGGCUGCAACACCUGCACCUGUAAAAGCAGGAUGUGGCAGUGCACACGUGAGCCCUGCCUGGCCACCUGCACGGUGUAUGGGGACGGCCACUACAUCACCUUCGAUGGGCGGAGCUACAGCUUCAGCGGCGACUGCGCGUACACACUGCUUCAGGACCACUGUGGUGGGAACAGCACUGCCAACGGGACCUUCCGAGUCGUCACGGAGAACGUCCCCUGCGGGACCACGGGCGUCACCUGCUCCAAGGACCUCAAGCUCUUCCUGGGGAGCUACGAGCUGAAGCUGAGUGACGGCAAAGUGGAGGUGAUCCAGAAGGGCGUGGGGCAGGAGGCCCCCUACUCCAUCCGCCAGAUGGGCAUCUACCUGGUGGUGGACACCGAGGUCGGCCUGGUGCUGCUGUGGGACAGGAAGACCAGCAUCUUCCUCAAACUCAGCCCCGAGUUCAAGGGCCGGGUCUGCGGGCUGUGCGGGAACUUUGACGACAACGCCGUCAAUGACUUCACCACGCGGAGCCAGUCCGUGGUGGGCAACGCCCUGGAGUUUGGCAACAGCUGGAAAUUCUCCCCGUCCUGCGCCGACGCCCCGGCCCCCAGGGACGCCUGCGCCGCCAACCCGCACCGCAAGUCCUGGGCCCAGAAGCAGUGCAGUGUCCUCAACAGCGCCACCUUCGCCGCCUGCCACGCCCACGUGGAGCCCGCCAAGUACUAUGAGGCCUGCGUGGGCGACGCGUGUGCCUGUGACUCCGGGGGCGACUGUGAGUGUCUCUGCACGGCCGUGGCCGCCUACGCCCAGGCCUGCCACGACGUGGGCGUGUGCGUGUCCUGGCGGACCCCGGACAUCUGCCCCUUGUUCUGCGACUACUACAACCGCGAGGGCCAGUGCGAGUGGCACUACCAGCCGUGUGGCCCGCCCUGCAUGAGGACCUGCCGGAACCCGAGCGGCCGCUGCCUGACCGACCUGCCGGGCCUGGAAGGCUGCUACCCCCAGUGCCCGCCAGAAGCCCCCAUCUUCGACGAGGACCAGAUGCAGUGUGUGGCCACGUGCCCCACGCCCCCCCCGCCGCCGCCCUGCCGCGUCCAAGGCAGGUCGUACCGGCCAGGGGAGAUGGUGCCGUCUGACAGGAACUGCCAGUCCUGCGUCUGCAGCGAGAGUGGGGUGCAGUGCGCCUACGACACCGAGGCCUGCGUCUGCACCUAUGACGGGCGGCGCUUCCGCCCGGGGGACGUCAUCUACCACACGACCGACGGCACGGGGGGCUGCAUCUCCGCCCGCUGCUCGGCCAACGGCACCAUCGACAGGAGGGUCUACCCCUGCAGCCCCACCACCCCCACGCCACCAACCACCUUCUCCUUCUCCACACCCCCGCUCGUCGUGAGCUCAACACGUCCAGCCCACACGUGCCACAGCCCUGCCAAGAGCACGGUGCGGCCCAGCACGCGGAGCAGUGCCCCGUCCUCCACCCCGGGCACGACCUCCGGUCCUCCGAUGAGCCCUCCCCAGUCCCGCCAGGCCUGUGGGGAAGAUUGUCAGUGGUCACCGUGGCUGGACGUCAGUCACCCGGGACGGGGCAUCGACAGCGGUGACUUCGACACACUGGAGAACCUCCGUGCCCACGGGCACCAGGUCUGCCCGGCGCCGAAGAGGGUGGAGUGUCGGGCUGAGGACGCCCCCGAGGUACCGAUCCAGGUCCUGGGGCAGCACGUGGAGUGCAGUCCAGCGCGGGGGCUGACCUGUUACAACCGCAAGCAGGCUUCGGGGCUCUGCCACAACUACCAGAUCAGGGUCCAGUGCUGCUUCCCCCGAACCUGCCCUACCUCUGGCAGUCAAACCCAGACCACCACACCUGUCCCAGGGACCACUACAACCACCCCGAGUACCUACCCCUGUCCCAGGGACCACUACAACCACCCCGAGUACCCCUACACCUACCCCAAGUACCCCUACACCUGUCCCAGGGACCACUACAACCACCCCGAGUACUUCUACCCCUGUCCCAGGGACCACUACAACCACCCCGAGUACCUCUACUCCUGUCCCAGGGACCACUACAACCACCCCGAGUACCUCUACCCCUGUCCCAGGGACCACUACAACCACCCCGAGUACCUCUACUCCUGUCCCAGGGACCACUACAACCACCCCGAGUACCUCUACUCCUGUCCCAGGGACCACUACAACCACCCCGAGUACUCCUACACCUACCCCAAGUACCCAUACACCUGUCCCAGGGACCACUACAACCACCCCGAGUACCCCUACACCUGUCCCAGGCACCACUACAACCACCCCGAGUACCUCUACCCCUGUCCCAGGGACCACUACAACCACCCCGAGGACCACUACAACCACCCCGAGUACCUCUACUCCUGUCCCAGGGACCACUACAACCACCCCGAGUACCUCUACUCCUGUCCCAGGGACCACUACAACCACCCCGAGUACCUCUACUCCUGUCCCAGGGACCACUACAACCACCCCGAGUACCCCUACACCUACCCCAAGUACCCCUACACCUGUCCCAGGGACCACUACAACCACCCCGAGUACCUCUACUCCUGUCCCAGGCACCACUACAACCACCCCGAGUACCUCUACUCCUGUUCCAGGGACCACUACAACCACCCCGAGUACCUCUACUCCUGUCCCAGGGACCACUACAACCACCCCAAGUACCUCUACUCCUGUCCCAGGCACCACUACAACCACCCCGAGUACCUCUACUCCUGUCCCAGGGACCACUACAACCACCCCGAGUACCCCUACACCUACCCCAAGUACCCCUACACCUGUCCCAGGGACCACUACAACCACCCCGAGUACCUCUACUCCUGGACCACUACAACCACCCCGAGUACCUCUACUCCUGUCCCAGGGACCACUACAACCACCCCGAGUACCUCUACUCCUGUCCCAGGGACCACUACAAUCACCCCGAGUACCCCUACACCUACCCCAAGUACCCCUACACCUGUCCCAGGGACCACUACAACCACCCCGAGUACCUCUACUCCUGUCCCAGGCACCACUACAACCACCCCGAGUACCUCUACUCCUGUCCCAGGGACCACUACAACCACCCCGAGUACUCCUACACCUACCCCAAGUACCCAUACACCUGUCCCAGGGACCACUACAACCACCCCGAGUACCCCUACACCUGUCCCAGGGACCACUACAACCACCCCGAGUACCUCUACUCCUGUCCCAGGGACCACUACAACCACCCCGAGUACCUCUACUCCUGUCCCAGGCACCACUACAACCACCCCGAGUACCUCUACUCCUGUCCCAGGGACCACUACAACCACCCCGAGUACCUCUACUCCUGUCCCAGGCACCACUAAAACCACCCCAAGUACCCCUACACCUACCCCAAGUACCCCUACACCUGUCCCAGGGACCACUACAACCACCCCGAGUACUUCUACCCCUGUCCCAGGGACCACUACAACCACCCCGAGUACCCCUACACCUACCCCAAGUACCCCUACUCCUGUCCCAGGGACCACUACAACCACCCCGAGUACCUCUACUCCUGUCCCAGGCACCACUACAACCACCCCGAGUACCUCUACUCCUGUCCCAGGGACCACUACAACCACCCUGAGUACCCCUACACCUACCCCAAGUACCCCUACACCUGUCCCAGGGACCACUACAACCACCCCGAGUACCCCUACACCUACCCCAAGUACCCCUACACCUGUCCCAGGGACCACUACAAUCACCCCGAGUACCUCUACCCCUGUCCCAGGGACCACUACAACCACCCCAAGUACCUCUACUCCUGUCCCAGGGACCACUAAAACCACCCCGAGUACCUCUACAACUACCCCAAGUACCCCUACACCUGUCCCAGGGACCACUACAACCACCCCGAGUACCCCUACACCUACCCCAAGUACCCCUACACCUGUCCCAGGGACCACUACAAUCACCCCGAGUACCUCUACCCCUGUCCCAGGGACCACUACAACCACCCCGAGUACCUCUACAACUACCCCAAGUACCCCUACACCUGUCCCAGGGACCACUACAACUGUGAAAAACACUUCGUUGACCCCAAGGCCAAUGCCAGUUUCAACGACACUUGAGCCUUGUUUACAAAAGUUGUGCAACUGGACCCAAUGGUUCGACAGCAGCUACCCUGGUCCUGGCAUAAACGGCGGAGAUUUCGACACUUUUCAUGACUUGAGAGCCAAAGGACAUAAAUUCUGUGAAAAGCCCAGCAACGUGGAGUGUAGGGCACAGUUCUUCCCACACAUCCCACUGGAGGAGCUGGGGCAGGACUUGAUCUGUGACAAGAGCGUGGGGCUGUUAUGCCUCAACAAGAACCAGUUGCCGCCGAUCUGUUAUAACUACGAAAUCCGGAUUGAGUGCUGCGAGCUGGUGGAUGUGUGCAGAAGCACCACACACCCUGUGACGUCUGAGACCACGUAUUCCACCCGAGAGGAACCCAGGACCCAGACGCAGCUUACCUGGACGACCGGAAUCCCCUCGUCUCCCACACGGCACAGCACCGUCAGCUCCGUGCACACGCACCCCACAACCAGCAUCACAACCGGCACACACUCAGUCUCCCCACCCGUGACCAUCCCCUGCCAGCCCCAGUGCACGUGGACCAAGUGGUUCGACGUGGACUUCCCGUCCCCGGGGCCCCACGGAGGAGACAUGGAAACCUUCGGCAACAUCGUCAGAAGGGGAGAGAAAAUCUGUCGCCGGCCCGAGUACAUCACGCGGCUGGAGUGCCGGGCCGAGAGCCACCCCGAGGUCAGCAUCGAGACGCUGGGCCAGGUGGUAGAGUGCAACGUCAGCAAGGGCCUGGUGUGCCGGAACCGGGACCAGGGCGGCGACGUCGGGAUGUGCCUCAACUACGAGGUCCGCAUGCUGUGCUGUGAGCCCCCGGAGUACUGCUCUACCCACAAAACUGCCGGAGUUUUGUCUCACACUUCAAGCAUUAGCACCACUAGGCUAACUGAGACCACCUCCCACCUGGUGACAUCCAGCUCAACCUCCGUGCCGAAAACCAGCUCAACCUCGGUGACAGAAACCAGCCCAACCUCGGUGACAGAAACCAGCUCGACCUCAGUGACAGAAACCAGCUCAACCUCCGCCAACUUCGGUGACAGAAACCAGCUCAACCUCGGUGACAGAGACCAGCUCAACCUCGGUGACAGAGACCAGCUCGACCUCGGUGACAGAAACCAGGCCAACUUCGGUGACAGAAACCAGGCCAACUUCGGUGACAGAAACCAGCUCAACCUCGGUGACAGAGACCAGCUCAACCUCGGUGACAGAGACCAGCUCGACCUCGGUGACAGAAACCAGGCCAACUUCGGUGACAGAAACCAGCUCAACCUCGGUGACAGAAACCAGCUCAACCUCGGUGACAGAGACCAGCCCAACCUCGGUGACAGAGACCAGCUCAACCUCGGUGACAGAAACCAGCCCAACCUCGGUGACAGAAACCAGCCCAACCUCAGUGACAGAAACCAGCUCAACCUCCGUAACAGAGACCAGGCCAACCUCGGUGACAGAAACCAGCCCAACCUCGGUGACAGAAACCAGGCCAACUUCGGUGACAGAAACCAGCUCAACCUCGGUGACAGAAACCAGGCCAACUUCGGUGACAGAAACCAGCUCAACCUCGGUGACAGAGACCAGCCCAACCUCGGUGACAGAGACCAGCUCGACCUCGGUGACAGAGACCAGCUCAACCUCGGUGACAGAGACCAGCCCAACUUCGGUGACAGAAACCAGCUCAACCUCGGUGACAGAGACCAGCUCAACCUCGGUGACAGAAACCAGCCCAACCUCAGUGACAGAAACCAGCCCAACUUCGGUGACAAAGACCAGCCCAACCUCGGUGACAGAGACCAGCUCAACCUCGGUGACAGAAACCAGCCCAACCUCAGUGACAGAAACCAGCCCAACUUCGGUGACAAAGACCAGCCCAACCUCGGUGACAGAGACCAGCCCAACCUCGGUGACAGAGACCAGCUCAACCUCGGUGACAGAAACCAGGCCAACUUCGGUGACAGAAACCAGCUCAACCUCGGUGACAGAAACCAGGCCAACUUCGGUGACAGAAACCAGCUCAACCUCAGUGACAGAGACCAGCCCAACCUCGGUGACAGAGACCAGCUCGACCUCGGUGACAGAGACCAGCUCAACCUCGGUGACAGAAACCAGGCCAACUUCGGUGACAGAAACCAGCUCAACCUCGGUGACAGAAACCAGGCCAACUUCGGUGACAGAAACCAGCUCAACCUCGUGACAGAAACCAGCCCAACCUCGGUGACAAAGACCAGCCCAACCUCGGUGACAGAGACCAGCUCAACCUCGGUGACAGAAACCAGCCCAACCUCGGUGACAGAAACCAGCCCAACUUCGGUGACAGAGACCAGCCCAACCUCGGUGACAGAGACCAGCUCAACCUCGGUGACAGAAACCAGCCCAACCUCAGUGACAGAAACCAGCCCAACUUCGGUGACAGAGACCAGCCCAACCUCGGUGACAGAGACCAGCUCAACCUCGGUGACAGAAACCAGCCCAACCUCAGUGACAGAAACCAGCCCAACUUCGGUGACAAAGACCAGCCCAACCUCGGUGACAGAGACCAGCCCAACCUCGGUGACAGAGACCAGCUCGACCUUGGUGACAGAAACCAGCUCAACCUCGGUGACAAAAAGCAGCCCAACCUCGGUGACAGAGACCAGCCCAACCUCUGAGCCCAAACGCAGCACAACCUCUGGUCCUACAAUCAGCACAAGGCCUGUUCUCAAAACUGAAACAACCCGCUUCACACCCGUGACCAUCCCCUGCCAGCCCCAGUGCACGUGGACCAAGUGGUUCGACGUGGACUUCCCGUCCCCGGGGCCCCACGGAGGAGACGCGGACACCCUCGGCAACAUCGCCAGAAGGGGAGGCAAAAUCUGUCGCCGGCCCGAGUACAUCACGCGGCUGGAGUGCCGGGUCGAGAGCCACCCCGAGGUCAGCAUCGAGACGCUGGGCCAGGUGGUAGAGUGCAACGUCAGCAAGGACCUGGUGUGCCGGAACCGGGACGAGAGUGGCGAGGUCGGGGAGUGCAACUACGAGGUCCGCGUGCUGUGCUGUGAGCCCCCGGUGCACUGCCCUCGUACUUCUGUGACACCUUACGUGACUCCAUCUACCAAGCCCUCGUCCCCUCCAGAACCGACCUCCGUGGUGUCCACCACGACAUGUUACUGCAGCGUGUCUGACAAGUUCUACCCCGCAGGAUCCAUCAUUUACAACCGGACCGACCUCGACGGCCACUGCUAUUAUGCCACGUGCAGCCUCGACUGCCACGUGGUCAGGACGCACUACGCCUGUGCCAGUGGCACAACACCUCCCGUCCCCACCACCUCCCCGGCCGGGUCCUCCCCUUCAGCCUCCGCGCCCGUCACCGCGCAGGGGUGCCCAAACGCGGUCCCCCCAAGAAAGAAAGGCGAGACCUGGGCCAUGCCCAACUGCUCUCAGGCCACCUGCGAGGGCAACGGCGUCGUCACCCUGCAGCCGCGGCCGUGCCCGCAGGCGCGGCGGCCGGCGUGCGCCAACGGCUACCCGCCCGUGAAGGUGGUCGACCCCGACAGCUGCUGCCCGCACUACCAGUGCCAGUGUGUGUGCAGCGGCUGGGGCGACCCCCACUACAUCACCUUCGACGGCAUCUACUACACGUUCCUGGACAACUGCACGUACGUGCUGGUGCAGCAGAUCCUGCCCGUGUAUGGCCACUUCCGCGUGCUCAUCGACAACUACUUCUGCGGGGCGGAGGACGGGCUCUCCUGCCCGCAGUCCAUCAUCGUCGAGUACCGGCAGGACCGCGUCGUGCUGACCCGCAGACCCGUGCUCGGGGCGACGACCAACGAGAUCAUCUUCAACGACAAAGUGGUCGAGCCCGGCUUCCAGAAGGACGGCGUGAGCGUCUCCCAGAUCGGCAUCAAGAUGUACCUGACCAUCCCCGAGCUCGGCGUCCAGGUCAUGUUCUCCGGCCUCAUCUUCUCGGUGGAGCUGCCUUUCAGCAAGUUCGCCAACAACACCGAGGGGCAGUGCGGCACCUGCACCAAUGACAAGAAGGAUGAGUGCCGUCUCCCCGGGGGCACCGUGGUGCCCUCCUGCUCUGAUAUGUCCGGCCACUGGAAGGUGACGACGCCCCACCAGCCGCCCUGCCACGGGCCGCCCCCGAAGCCCACUGCAGUCGGGCCCACGCCCUCGCCCGCCCCCUGCCUGCCUUCGCCGAUCUGCCAGCUGAUUCUGAGCGAGGUCUUCGAGCUGUGCCACCCUCUGAUCCCCCCGCUGGCAUUCUACCAAGGCUGCACCUUCGACCACUGCCACCUGAACGACUCCAGCGUGCUGUGCUCUAGCCUGGAGCUGUAUGCGUCCCUCUGCGCCUCCCGAGGCGUGUGCAUCGACUGGAGGCGCCACACCAACCACACGUGCUCGUUCACCUGCCCUGCUGACAAGGUGUACCUGCCGUGUGGCCCGUCCAAGCCCUCAUACUGCUAUGGGAGUGACAACAACACCAGCCUCGUGGCUCUUCAGGACACUGUCCCCAUCACAGAAGGCUGCUUCUGUCCAGAGAACAUGACGCAUUUCAGCAUGAGCUCUCCAGUCUGCGUGCCUGCGGACUGCCACAGGUGCCUGGGCCCCCACGGGGAGGCUGUGGAGCCCGGCCGCACCAUCAGCGUGGACUGCCAGCGGUGUACCUGUGAGAGCAGCACGCUGACGAUGAGCUGUCGCAGGCAGCCCUGCCCCCUGCCCCCAGCCUGCCCCCUGCCCGGCUUCGUGCCCGUGCCUGCAGCCCCGCAGGCCGGCCAGUGCUGCCCCCAGUACAGCUGCGCCUGUGACACCAGCUACUGCCCCAAGCCCGUGGCCUGUCCCGAGGGCUCCCACCCGGUCGUGACCUAUAAGGAGGGGGCCUGCUGCCCCAGCCAGAACUGCAGCUGGGACGUCUGCAGCGUUAACGGAACCUUGUACCGGCCCGGCUCCGUGGUCUCCUCCAGCCUGUGCGAAACGUGCAGGUGUGAGGUGUCCAGCAGUCCCCAGAUGGACACGGUCGUCAUCAGCUGUGAGACCCAGAUUUGCAACACCCACUGCCCUGUGGGCUUCGAGUAUCAGGAGCAGAGUGGGCAGUGCUGUGGCCUGUGUGUGCAGCAGGCCUGUGUCGUGAACGCCAGUGACAGUUCCACCCGCAUCUUCUACCCCGGCCAGUCCUGGCCAGACCCCACGAACCCAUGUGUGACCCACGAGUGUGAGAGGCACCGGGACGGGCUCGUGGUGGUGACCAGGAAGAAGGCGUGUCCCCCACUCAACUGCCCUGCGGCCCAGGCCCGGCUGAGCGAGGACGGCUGCUGUCUCGCCUGUCCCCCGCCCCGACCUCAGAACCAGUCGACCUGUGCGGUGUACUACAAGCGUGAGGUCAUCGUGCAUGGAGAUUGCAGGUCCCCGCGGCCCACGAUGGUGGCCUACUGCCAGGGCAACUGCGGGGACAGCAGUGCCAAGUACUCGCUGGAGGCCAACACCAUAGAGCGGAACUGCAGCUGCUGCAGGGAGCUGCGGGUGUCGCCGACGACAGUGACCCUGCGCUGCAAGGACGGCUCCAGCCGAACCUUCCGCUACACCCUGGUGAAGGAGUGCGGCUGUGUGGGGCAGCAGUGCGGCCCCCGCGGCAACCCAAGCCAUUCGAAGGAGUCGGGGCCCUUGCAGAGUGACGAGGAGCAGAGCCAGGAGACGGGGCACACGGGCUGGAGGAGGGGGUCCAGCAGUCCUCGGAGCUCCCGGCCACCUCCCUCCGGGACCCAGCGAUAAGGGUCCCGUUCCCCGUAGCCCCAGCUCCAAGGCCGGUGGGACAUCGGUCCAGGCGGCCCGAGAUCAGGAUGCACUGCCCGCCCCGCACUUCUGUCUGCAGGGUCCACGGCCCUUGGAAGUGUGACGGCCCUGAGGGACCUGGGCGGGCGGGGCUCCUCUGG